AUGCAACAGCUGCUCUUCAACAUGCCUCAUGUUACGGCGAUUUCGGAGACAGCGGCCGAAAUCUCACCUGCAACUCCACUCCCCGCCCGACCAGCUCAACUACCGACUCAACUGCCCGCACACCGCAACCCUAUUCCCGACGGUACGGUGGACACGUACGCUACGACACCUUCCUCGCGUCCCUCUUUGCAGUGCCAUCGGUUUUUCGGACCCCAGCGCAGCAGUCACCAAUUUUGUGCCGAUUUCCAUCUCCGCAGACACAGGCGGGCCCUUGCCCUACUAAUUUUAGCCCGAAGCUGCUGCUACUUAGUUUGUGCUUCCAGUAGGGAAGUUCUCUGUGCUCUUUAUCCUUGCAGCGUGAUCUGAAUGUUGAUGGAAAUGCAUCACAAAUGCGGUACUCCGGCGAAGCCGCGCGGCAAUGAAGAUCUUCGAUGAAGUGACUGCUCUACCCGGAAGGAAGAAAAAAAUAGUCCUAAAAAAUUUAGCUUAUGCGAUCAACAGGCUCGAAGAUUCGUCUCCGGAAGUCAAUUUCAGCACGCCUUCCAUUAAGUCCCCUAGGGUCUGGUCUUCUAAUCCAGGCGGUACAAAACAUUUCGUGCUUGGCUUCUAAACGAGUUUCCUUGCCUCUCGGCGGUAGUCCGUCUAAUAAAUAGUCCCCAGUUCUAGGUGGCGCCGCUUGUGGCUGUCACGAGGUGACUCGCACCUCCCCGGAGUGAGAGAAGGUUCGUUACCGGGUUUCAGUACCUUCCGUCUGGCCUGGGCUCCUGGUGCUGCAAUCACCGUUAGGAGUAUAAGAAUUAAGAACAUA